GUUAUAUAUAUUGUAACAAGAUUGUUUUUUCUAAUCUAUUGUGCUCCAAAUUACAUUUGAUCAUUCAUUUAAGUCGAUUGGUCAAAAUGACUACAAGAAAGAAAUUGCAGGUUCCAUGGCUACCAGCGCCUGCCUGGCUUAAGUUUCCUCUGACUAAGGGCCUGAAUCAUCACAGGAUACCAGUUGGAAUCAUAUUAGCAGCCAGCAGUAAAAUGGAAUGUGUUCUCGAGAGCAAAAGUCUCGCCCAAGUGCGAAUCCGUCUCCUCAACGAUGACAAAAAAACAGAAGGCACUUUUACUGUUAAGAGUUCCCAGCAAGGUCGGGCAGCAACAUUCAGUGUGGGGUCUGUGAGUGUUCCAUUCAUAGACAGUGAGUACCUUAAUAAAGACCCAGAAGAUAAUCGCGAUAUAACCAUAAACUAUCCAACUGGUUCGAAAGCUCUUCCCAUCUAUCGCUUUGGCGACAAAGAGGAGGAUUUCUUUAAACUCUGGGACUCUCAAAACGCAGAAUUUGCUUACAUUGAAUCGGAUUACAUUGGUCUCCUUAUACCAAAAGUAGACAAAGAGUUUGCAAGGAAGUUACCCGGCGGCAAGCACCUCGAUGAUGUCAUACUUUUCUACGACAAGCUUUUCACUAUUUAUAGCGAGUUAAUUGGUAUGUCAUUUGAAGAAACUGGACUUAAUAAAAAUGUAAGAAACAGGUUUUUCCUCAAAGCUGACAAAAGCGGAGCCGGUGGAGCAUAUUACUCUGAUUGGUGUACUGCUGUUUCAUACGGAACGGUAAAAGGAUUCUGGUUGGACAUAAAACCAACAAACUGGGGAGCAUUGCAUGAAAUUGGUCAUGGUCAUGAACUGAAGAAUAUAAAUGAUGAAACGUUAUCCGUUGGUGAAGUAUGGAACAAUGUUUUAGCUUUUUUCUAUCAGAAAAUUAUGCUAGGUAAGGAUUUGCAAGCGAAAGGUUCAAAAAUGAAGUCACUGGGCAUUGCCGACGUACUUAAAAGUGGUAAUCCUGUCAAAAGCUGGCGUGAAUUCCACAAAUGUUCAUUUUUAACACAUAUGUUUUUUAAAGCUGGGCAAAAAUCCUUCGCUCGUUUUAAUCAACGAACGCGGGAAGAAUAUGCUGGUCGCACUUAUUAUGCCAGUGGAGCAUUAUUUGUAGAAAAACUGAUGCACUUUUUUGCGAUUGACUUCGCCAUUGACGUGUAUCCAUUCAUGAGACUAGCGAAAGCAGCCGUUCGCAAAGAGCAACUGGAGGAGCAUUACUACGUUUUAUCGAGUGUGGCUUAUCCUCUGAACUACCUUAUGAGUGAUGCCAAAGAAAUAAAUAACCUCAAAAAUAAACUGAGUCUGGAAUUUGAAACAAGUUUAGUAACUCCGUCAGAUUUGAGUUCAACUAACCUAAAAAAUGAUUUCACAGUAAAAAUCGAUAAUCAAAUAUUCGAAGAUGUAUCGGGGGAUAUGCUUAAACUUACGGACGGAUCUCGAGUUGUAGCUGAACGAAAAAUUCUUAGUCAAACCAUAAUUCUGAAGGAUGUGCCAAUUGGCGUAUACAAGGUUUUCGUCGAACCAAACGCUAAAAACUCAAAACUUAUCUAUGACGACUUUUAUGCCAUAGUACAUGCCGACAAAUCCGGCGAGUUAACUUUGUCUGCCAAAAUUAAGAAGGUACCCUCACUCUCACCGGAUAAAAUCAGGCUUCUUGGCCUGGGGGAUAAAUUUUUUGCAUCUCUUUCUGUGGAACCUUUUAAAAAUUUAGUUCAGUUCAAUUCCAGUUCAGGUAGCCCUCACAGUUAUUUUAAGAAUAAAAAGUAUGCCAGUGUAACGAUAAAAAAUCAAGAAAACAAAGAGAUUUUCAGUAAAAGUAUUGAUGGCAACAGCCCUGCUCUUGGAUUAUUCGACAUACCAAUGGAAGGAGAGUUACAAGUUGAAAUAUUCCACGCCGAACCGAAAAAUCGUCUGAAAAUGGAAAAUCCAACGAUGAGCGAAAUUAUAGAUCGUCAAAAUACGACCAACUAUUUCAUUGUAAAUGAGAAAGGCUUGCAGAAGAAAAAUACAUCGAAAGAAUUGUUAGAAAAGAAUUUCUUAUCGAAAAUAGAAUCUUCAGCAAAUAAGAUCAAGAAGAAGAUCUCAUUGUAUGACAGGCCUUUUUGUCUUCCUAAGUAUAACUUGCUUCUGGCAGUAGAAGCUUUCGAACGCUUAUUUAGAGAAAACGGCGUUGAUAAAGCUCUCAGGGAACAAUAUAAAGAUUGCUUGCCACCGCCUGUAGAUCCCAAAAAACAAUGAACCUUAAAUUAAUAACAUAAUAAAAUUCUUUAAAAAUAUAGUUAAAAAUAUCAAUGCUCUUUUUUUCUUGAAAAUUAAGCAUAGAUGGAAACCUCUUGCAGAGCCUUACAAAUUCUGAUAAUCUUUCAUUUUAAAUUAAUUUGAUUUUUAUUAAUUGAAUUUUAUUGUAAUUUUCAGUUGAUGCAUAAAAAAUUUUUAAUUGACCAUUUUUUCAAGUCGCUUGCUAAAAGGAGAAAAAAUAUUAUAAUUUAUAAGAUCAUUUUCCUAUGAUACGUUAUUCCUAAAAAAAAAAUUUUUUUUCUUUAAAAAUUCAAGUACUUAUUUGUUACAACUAUAAAAAAUUGUUGGAUAUUUUUUUUAUAUUUGUCAUAUUUCUAUGCCUUAAAUGCUAUACAAUUUGUGUUCUUUUAAAAAUUUGAUAUAGUUUUAGCCAUAAUUUGCUUUUAAAAUUAGUAGAUAUUUAUCCCGUAAAUUGUCACAUUUUGAAAAACCGUUAUCUUUCUGAAUUUUAUUAUGAGAA